AUCAUCGAAUCAAGCGCAACACGGCCCUCCCCUGCCCCACCCCCGGCCGAACUCCGACCGCCCAGACUACCAAUAGGACACGCCGUCGCGCAGCGCAGGUUAAGAAGGCCGAGAGAAUUGUGCACAGGUUUAACAGACACUUUUGGAGGCGAGCAGCAUAAAUGACCUGGGACGAAUGGGGGGAAGCGUUCUGCAGAGGGUGCUAGGGUUUCGAUUCUUGUUGGAGUGUCUAAAGCUCUAUAGUUCUCGAUUCAUUGUUCGCAGAGCUCUAAUUUGAGCGGGAAACUGGAAGGUUCUGAUGUUUCUAAUAUUCCUUUAGUUCCAGCUUCCUUGCUUUAUUUUCAUUAUUGCAAGUGUGUGAUGAUACGGCAUAGAUUUCUGAGUUGCGUCAAAUAUCAAUACAAAGAGCAUGAACUCUCCAUCAACGCAGUUUGUCACUUCCAGAAGGGUGGGGAUAUACGAGCCAUUCCACCAGAUUAAUACAUGGGGUGACUUCAAAGAUCAUGGCUGCCCAACUACAUCUGCAUGUGCUGUUUUAGAUGUAGACACAAACCUAGACAACCAGUCGGAGGAUAAUUCACUUGGGAUGCUGGGACCUUCUAGCAGCUACAAUCAGGAAGCAGCUAAAACUUCUGACAAGGUACAAAGACGUCUAGCACAAAACCGUGAGGCAGCACGUAAAAGCCGCUUGCGUAAAAAGGCCUAUGUUCAGCAGCUAGAAACAAGUCGUUUGAAGCUAAUUCAGUUGGAGCAAGAACUUGAACGAGCUAGGCAACAGGGUGUGUAUUUAGGUGGAGGAGUAGAUGGUAGUCAUCUUGGGUUCUCUGGAACUGUAAACUCAGGGAUUGCUGCAUUUGAGAUGGAGUAUGCACACUGGGUGGAAGAACAAAACAGACAAAUUCGAGAACUGAGGACUGCUUUGCAUACCCAUAUAAGUGAUAUAGAGCUUCGCAUACUUGUAGAUGGUGGAAUGAGUCAUUAUUUUGAACUUUUUCGCAUGAAAAAAACUGCUGCAAAAGCUGAUGUUUUCUACCUGAUGUCUGGCAUGUGGAAAACAUCAGCAGAAAGAUUUUUCUCAUGGCUUGGAGGGUUUCGCCCCUCAGAGAUUUUGAAGGUUCUUGUGCCUCAACUAGAACCCUUGACAGAACAACAGCUUUUAGAUGUUUGUAGCCUUAAAGAAUCAUGCCAGCAAGCAGAAGAUGCUCUUUCGCAAGGGAUGGACAAACUCCAGUUAACUCUGGCGGAGACUGUAGCAGGUGGUCUAUUAGGUGAAGGAAGUUACAUACCACAGAUGGUCAAUGCCAUGGAGAAAAUGGGCGAUCUGGUGAGCUUUGUGAGCCAGGCAGACCAUCUUCGCCAGGAAACCCUGCAGCAGAUGUUUCGCAUCCUUACAAUCCGCCAAGCAGCUCGAGGACUGCUUGCUUUAGGGGAGUACUUCCAACGCCUUCGGGCUUUAAGUUCACUGUGGGCUUCUCGCCCUUGCGAACCUGCUUAAUCUUGGAAGAACUGCAAGCUGAAUAUCUGAAGGACCAAAACUUUGCCAAUAGCCAUGCUUCUUCAAGCUUCAACACUGGGCAGAGGAGGCACCUGUUAAAGCUUGUUAUAAACGUGUAUAGGCAUAAAUUAUGCUGCUGACAUUUUCAAUCGGCCCCCACAUUCAAGAAUUUGUACAUAUGAACAGCCAUUUCAUCCAAAGGAAAGGUUGUAAUUAGUUUAAAUUUUAAUACCCUGUAAUGAGUCGAAAGGUUACUUGGAGGUUACUUGGGUUGGUUUUACGUGAUUCUAUAGAUGGAACUUUCAAAUGUAAUUGUCAGUUGGUAUUAUGUGUUCAUUCCUAUAAACUCGUUAGGUGAUUUGAAUAAUUAUUUUAGGCUUUUAUUUAUAAA